UCCACGCAGUGGCUACUGCAAGGAGUCUUGCACUGGAGACGCUUAUCCCGUGUGUUCUGUUCAAAGCCCUUAUCUCUCAGCUAGUCCGGCAGAUUUAGAGACGUAGUCUUAGAUAAUCCACUAAUCGCCUCCCAGUUCGAAAAUCACAAAAACAGGAGCAGCAGGAAUCGCUAGGUCGUUCAUCAGGGUACUGGGGUUUAAUAUUGGAGUUCGUCGCUUUUUCCUUGGCCAUUAUUUCCUGCUGAGAGCAAGGAUCACCGUGACUGGUUUAGGUUAGGAGUUGGAUCCUCUCAUGUCUACCGAAGGUGACAAACCCGCUCCCGUCGAGGGGGAUGCUCCUAAGGCCCCGGCACCUGUCGCUGCCGAAUCCGGCCAAUUACCCGAGCCUGGAAAGCCCGUCGAAGCUGAGAAGGCUUCCGAACCUGCGAAGGCUCCCGAACCUGGAAAAGCUCCUGACGCCGAGGCGUCAGCCGACAAUGCGGACAAGGGGGACGGCUGGCAGACGGUGACGUCACGCGAGAGACGAGACAGCAACAGGGGGCAUUGGCGAGGAAGAGGACGCGGAGGCAAAGGUUCGCACCACCAGGGGGGUGGUAACCACCACGGCGGAAAUCGCAAUGCAGGUGGUUACAGACGCUCGCACGGACACGAAGGAGGAUCCGGGGCGCCUGGCGGCUCCGGUGACAAAUCCGGUGGCGGCGGAGGCAAAGGCGGUGCUGCCGGUAAAGGCGGCGCCGCCUCCGCCGCCAAAUCCGGCGGCGCUGCUACUGCCGCGGCAGCUCCUGCUGCUGGUGCUGCUUCGGCUGACGCCGCCGCAACCGCCACCGCCGCCGCCGCGGACGGCGCGGGGAAGGCCGGCGAUGGCGGAGACGGCGGAAGCGCAACGGCUGACGCAGCGGGACAGAAAGCCGCAAGUGAUUCUAACGAGGGGAAAGGCGCAAGCGGAGGCGGUGCAGGGGGGAGUGCGCACGGGCACGCGCACGGGCACGGGCACGGGCAUGGGCAUGGAGGCAAGGGCUCAGUUUGGCAGGUCAAGGGUAAGCCGGGGGGGGCGCGAGCGGUAUGGGCGCAGGUGGUUAAGAGCGAGCCUGGAAAGGCGAGGGUGCACCAGGGUCCGGAUGAGGGGUUAGCGUCGCUCGUGCGAGGCUCGGACGCAGCUGGAGAUGCCGAGGCGAGUGCCGAGCCUGCGAAACAGGCUGGGGGGAAGGCUGGUGGUGCGGAUGCCAAGGCGGGAUCCGAACCAGCGAAGCAGGCUGGGGGGAGGGGUGGUAACACUGGCUCGGGGGGACAGAAGGGUGGUGGGGGGAAGGGAGAGGGAGGAGGGAAAGGAGGCAAGGGCGGCAGGGGAUGGCAUAAGGAUAAGGACAAAAAGGAGGAGAAGAAGGAGGAUAAGAAAGACGAGAAGGAGGAUACGGAGAAGAAUAAGGAUAAGGAGAAAGAUGAUGAGGAUAAGGACUCUAGUAGUGGCGGUGCGAAGGAGGGUGGGGAGGGUAAGGGGUCAAAAGGAGGGGGUCACGGGAAAAGGGACGGUAGUGGCAGUGGGAAGUCGGAGCAUAAGGGAGAGAAGGAUCAGAAGGAGCCGAAGGAGCACAAGCCGCCGAAGCAGGCGUGGCGCAAGCACAAUAAGGACGGCGAGAAGGGAGGGGCGGCGGCGGUGGUGAUGGGUGCAGGCGCAACCGCGUGGCCUGCGCUCUCCGAGGCGGAUGCCGCUGCUGCGCGCGCGGCGGAGAACGGCAAGGGCGCGGCUGGGGAUGACAAGACAUCCGCGGCAAAGCCUGCAGCUGGUCUCGCUAUAAUCGCAAACGAGGGCGACAAAUCGUCUGCUGCCACGUCAGACAAACAAAGCGGUGGUGCAGCGGCGGUGACGGCAGCGGAUGCUGCCAAAAAGGCUGGCGCUGCUGACGUGGCAGUUGUGAGCGUCCGCGACGUGCCUGGGGGGCAGUACAAGCGGGGGGGGCAUCAGGGGGGAGGGGCGCACCAUGGCGGAAGGGGGGGAGGCGUGGGCGCGGGGGGAUACCAGAGGCGCGGGCAUGGGCAGCAGGGGGGGCAACAGGGGGGCCAGCAGGGGCAGGCACAGCAGCAGGAUGCGCACAGGCGGAAGCAACAGCCAGGGGGGCAGCAGGCGCAGGCGGGACAGGGGCAGGCGCAGCAGGGGCAGGCGCAGGGGCAGCAGGGGCAGCAGCAGAAGCCGCACGGGCAGGGGCAUGGGGGGAUGGGCGGGGGCGGGCGGGGGGGGCACAUGCGCGGGCAGGGGAGGGGGGUGGUGGCGGUAGACGACCCCCCGCUCACGGAGUUCGUUGCCGCUGGGCCCAGGAGGUCCGCUGCUGCAAUGGCCAAUGGCAUGGGCGGCAACUAUGGCUACCCCAUGGUCGUGGGAGCCAACGGCCCCUACUACAUGCCCUACCGCAUGGUCCCGUCUGUCCCGGUUGACCCCAUGUCGGGACUCCGCACGGCUCUGACAAAGCAGAUCGAGUAUUAUUUCAGCAUCGAGAAUCUGUGCCGUGACCUCUUCCUUCGCUCCAAGAUGGACUCGGAAGGGUUCAUUCAUGUCGAUGUGAUUGCCGCUUUCAACCGGGUCCGCAUGCUCACUCUCGACAAGGCCUUCAUUCUCAGCUGCCUUGCUAACUCCACUUCCGUCGAAGUGCAGGGCGAGAAGCUGCGGAGGCGCACUGACUGGGCCAACUGGCUUCUCCCUACCGGGCACAUGGAGGCAGUGGUCCCUCACACAGAGGAGGCAGCCGCUCAGGAAGGAAAGACUGAGGAAGGGGAGAAGGCGGAGGGGGGGAAGAAGGAGGGGGAAGGGGAAGGGGAGGGGGAGGGGGAGAAGAAGGGUGAUGCUGCUGCUGCUGCUUCGGACACUGGCAAGGGAGAGGAUCCCGAAGGAGGGAAAGAAGAACCACCUGCCGCCGCUGCUGGUGCCGCUGCUGCUGCUGCAGAUGCAGACGCAGGGCCCUCUUCCCCUGCUGCCACCCUCCUGUUCGCCCCACGCAACAUCCCCUCAGCAGCAGACGGGGAGGCGGACGACGAGGGGGAGGAAGGGGGUGGCCAGAGGGCCAACCGCGAGGGCACCCCUGCUAGGAGUGUGGGGAAGAGACGGGGGGGCAGUAGUGUGAAAAGGAUCUCGUCUGGUUCUCGGUUCUCUGCUAGCAAGUCCGGAGGGCUUUCCGCCGCCUUUGCUGCCGAAGCUUCAGGCUCGGCGGGCCGAGCCGAGGGGCUAGGCUCGUUGCCGGGCCUGGCUGGGAAGGUAGCUGCGGCGAUUGAGGAGGCUGGGGCGGGAGGGAAGGGGGGCGGGGCGGGGAAGAGUAAGGAGGAGCGGGAGAAGGAGAAGGGGAAGCGGGCUGCUGAGGAGAGUGAGGCGUUGACUGAGGCGAGUGAGGCUGAGGACACGUUUCAGUUUAGUGGGGACGAGAUGGGGGAGGGGAAGAAGAGGGCCGAGAAGCCCAGGAGGAGGCAGCGCGCCAGGUCGGAGGAGGAUACGACAGACGAUUCCGAUUUUAAUGACGUCAAUCCAAGCCUCAAGAACCUCGUUAUUGUCACACAGAGGCGCCCUGGCCGCGGGACAGCACCCCAGCAGCAGCAGCGUGGGGGUGUGCGGCGCGACGAUGGUGCGAGUGGCAGCAGCUACGAGGGGGGGUCCUCUCUGGGCCCCAACUACCGAGCUAGCAGGCUGUUGGCUGAGAAGGGCGACCAGUCCGGGACAGACGGGGAGGGGCACGGCAGGUUCCACGUGGGCAGUCAGGGCAGCAACGGCAGCCCCAACGACAGCUUCACCUCGCACGUGGCCCGCGGCCCCAGAGCCCGCCACCCGCAGCAGCAGCGCGCCUCCUGGACCCCGGGGAUCGCCCACAUGACAGCAGCAGCUGCUGCUGCCGCUGCCGCAGCAGGGGGAGCAGGAGCAGGAGUGGUAGCAGGGGCAGUUGGGGUAGCAGGGGUGGGAGUGGGAGCAGGGAGGGCGCAGCCGGUGCCGGGGUGGAGGCCGGGGGCGCUGCCUGGGAAUGUGGUGGAGCUGGGGGGCAGCAGCUGGAGGAGCACCAGCAGCUUCGGGUCGCCGCAGCUCAUGGCGUUCUACUUCGGGGCCACUCCGCCCGGCUCCUACAGUGGCUCUGCUGCCUCCUCCCUCUCUAGCUCGUGGGGCAUGCCUGCUGGGCUGGCCAUGCUUCAGCAGCAGCAGCAGCAGCAGCUGCAGCAGGGGGAGAAGAAGGAAGGGGAGAAGAAGGAAGGGGAGAAGAAGGAGGAUGAGAAGGAGGGCGAGGCAAGCAAAGAGGAAGGGAAGGAUCAGAAGCAGCAGCAGAGCAAGCCAGCAGGAGCAGGACUGUUGAGCCCUCCCAAGGGGGUAACCCCCCUCCCCUUCGCCCCUGGGUCUGCCCCCACUGGGAGUCUAAUGCACAUGGCUGCUGCUGGUGGGGGAGGCAGGCACAGGGACAGGGGAAGGGGAGCGGUCGGAUCGGUUGGGGGGAAGGGGGGGGCGGGGCUGCUGUCGGCUAGUCUCGGCUCGGGGGGGCAGCAGCACCAGCACGUUAGCCACGCGCUGCUGGAAGAAAACGGGUUCAAACAGCAGAAAUAUUCGUCUUUCUACAAGAGGUGCCUCAAGGAGCGCAAGAAGCUCGGCAGCGGUCGCUCCGAGGAGAUGAACACUCUCUUCCGCUUCUGGUGCUACUUCCUCCGCAAGAACUUCAACCAGCAGAUGUACGACGACUUUAAGAGGCUCGCUACUGAGGACGCCGCCUCUAAGUACUACUAUGGCAUGGAGUGCCUCUUCCGCUUCUACAGCUACGGACUGGAGUCCAAGUUUGAGGAGCCCAUGUACACGGAUUUCGAGCAGCUUGCUCUUGACAUGUACCAGCGGGAUGGCAACCUGUACGGGCUCGAGAAGUACUGGGCGUAUCACUUCUACCGCAAGGACAAGGCCACUCGGGAGGUGAAGAAGCACCCCGAGCUGGAGAAGAUUCUCACGGAGAAGUUCCGCACGAUGGCUGACUUCCGGGCUGCUAAGGAUGAGCAGAAGCGCGCCCUGGCUGCAGCACAGGCGAAGGGGGGCGGGGAGAAGGGGGGAGGGGAGAAGGGGAAGGAGGAGAACGCGGAGGGAGGGAAGGAGGGGAAGAAGAGAGAGGAGGAGAAGAAGGCAGAGGAGGAAAUCUCUGGAGCUGGCGAGGGAGAAGCGAAGGGAGAGGCUGACGGGAAGGAUGGUGGAACGGAGAAGGCAAAGGAGGAUGGAGCAGCAGCAACAGCAGCGGUGGAAGCAGCAGCACCAGAAGCAGCAGCAGCAACAUCGUAGAGACAUGUUGAUGAUUGUGCGGUUUAUGCACUCUGUAACGCUGUCUGAAAUAGCAGCAGUCACUGCCAUGCCAUCCCCUCCACAAACCUCCGCGAAACCUCCACCAAGCCUCCACCAAGCCAGGCCACCAAGCCUCUAUUCCGGUCCUCUUUCAAGCAUCCUGUUCUUCCAACAUGUCCCCGCUCCUCUGCCACACCUGCCACCAAACCUGAUUCCAGGUCCCCAUGCCUGCUUCUCUCCCAAACAUGUUUGCCCACUUGUUUCCCCCCACGUGUCCUCCCUCCACUCUUACCUCAUCCACUCCAUUCUCCAAGCUUUCUGUCACCAGCAGCAGGAGCUACAGUCGACCAGCAACACUGUAGCUCAAGAUAUUUGCUCUCUAGUUCUGGGCGGCAGAGCGGCACUGACUACGAGCUGAACCUGCAAGAAAGUCGGCAGUAGGCGUCCAUUCAUGUUACUGCCGUUUCCCGUAACUUGCAUCGAGCUCCGCAUGCCAGCUGUCCAUUAGUUUCUUUGUACUUUGUGUGCCUUUGAUUCUUCCCCUUAUGUCCCCGUCAUCUUGGUGUGUUAUUUUUACGCUUCUUGUAUAUUGAUCCCCUUUGGCACAAACCUGUAGUUCUAGCUUUGGUAGGACCAUUGGGAUUAUUUGUUACUGGUACAAUUUGUUUUCAAAUU